AUGUACACUAGCGAAGCCCGUAACAACCACGACAAAUACAACAAAUGGAUCGGCGCCUCAGCCUGCAACUGCAUCGCAGUCGAUCUGAAGGCUCUCAGCCUCUAUACCGACAAUGAGCCGCUCCAACACACUAUUGCUUUCAGCGAUGGUAAUUGUCAAACGACACUGGGCACGAUUACCAAGCAAAGAUGUGUUGGGACCGAUAGCUUGUCCGGCGAUGGAGACAUCGGCAGCGUUAUGUUCUGGUUGCCAGGUAUUUGUGAUGUUGUGGAGGCUUUGAAGGAUAUUAUUCAUGGUGUGAACAAACUUCUCAACACUGGAGAGGUUGCAUCUGUUGUGAGCUUGGCGAACCUCAGAGCAGGAGGUGGAGAUUGUUCCGAGGGGAUAUGA